GCCAAACUUGGAAGACCGCAUUGGUGAGAGGCUACUAAAUCAUUGUGCUUCGCUAGCAUGUUAACCAAGUAGCCUGCAGUGAUAUCGUCAGCCAUGUUAGCUGUGUAUCCAACCCUGUGUAUCCAUAAAAUAUGAAUGUGAUAUACUAUACAUUCAAUUCCUGAGGAGAGAGCCAGUUCUAUGACACGUUUGAAAUGACUACACGGCUUUGUGUAUAUGUUAGUGGUCGGUUUUGUAUUAAGAUGCCGUCGUUCUCAAUAUAUGGGCUUCUUCCAGGUGUGUAGAAUGUCUUUGUGAAUGGCAUAGUGAUAUGGCGAUGGAUGAUGUAUUAGUCAGUCGUUAGGGUAUACACUGAUCGUGGGAAAUGUUACAGACAUUCCCGACAGUCUUUCAGCAUUUAAUCACUAGAGACAUUGACCAACGAAAACAUCUGCCAGCUUCGUCCAUUAUGCGUGUGAUGAGGUUGCGUUUCAGUAUAUGCCAUUUAAGAUGUCCUGCACGGUUAUUGAUGUUGCUGCAUGUAACAAUGCUGCUGAUAGGCCCAAUCAAACGUCAAUCAACUUGUCAGAGCCUUGAAAGAGGCGGUGUGUUUUCAGCACGUGACCUAUAUAUCCCGCAAUCUCUUAGAGAUGACAUAAAAACCGAACUCUUCCUUGCUCUUGGUCGGUGCUGGUGACUCGUCGUUCAGGAGCGGACAAGUUAGCUAGUUCUGUUGACUUGUGACUUUCACGUGUGUGUACUGUCAGUUCUCCCACAGUUCUGUAUAGGCGAAUAGGACUGUUAACAUGAAGGAGAAGAAGAGACGAACUCAGAAAAGAGGUCGUCAAAGAGAAAGAAUGAGACCGUGGCUUGAGAAUUUGCUAAACACAGACGCUUGCCCCGGGCUGAAAUGGAGAGACAAAGAGCGGAAAGUAUUUGUGAUACCAUGGAAACAUGCAUCAGGCAGAACAUGGAAGCAAAUUGAAGAUCCUCUGUUAUUUAAACUAUACGCAGUUCAUACAGGGAAAUUCAAAGAAGGCCAAGAGCCAGAUCCCAAGAAAUGGAAGGCUAAUUUCAGGUGUGCCCUGAACAGUCUGCUGGACGUUGAGGAGUUAAAAGAGGAAACUCACAAGAAAGGAGAAGGGGCAAAGCGAGUGUACCGGUUUGUGGAUGACUGUUCAUCUACCUCCAAACGGAAGUCAGAUAUUGAAUACGGCUCUCAGCGGAAGAGGGCAAGGUGUGACAGCAGCGACGAAUCCUCAUCUCAAGAGACGUACAUGUCGGGAGGCGAGCUUACAGACGACCAAUCAAUGCAGGAAACAUGUGUGAAAGCAGAAGUGAAAGUGGAGGUUUCUAACCAGUGUGCACAAGGCGAGACCGACGAAGUGGUUAUGGAAGAACCUACUGAUCAUGACUAUUCACAGAGAGAAACUUUUCAACCAGGUAUACCCAACUUGCCUGCCUUUCGCAACCCGACCCUCCAAUCUGGUGGGACUGUCACAAUAGAGGAGAGGAAGCCCCUUCCAAGCCAGGUCAAUUAUGAUGAUCUCAAAAGCCUGAUUCCCGGAUCAAAGAUCAUAGAUGGAGACCUGGAUUCAAAUAGCACAAGUUCCGGAGAAAACAUGACCGAUGAAGAGGUGGUAGAUGUGAGUAUGGUCUACAGCAUGGGGAGAAGCAGAGGUGAAGAAGGCUUCAGUGAAUCAGAAUCACCUUAUGGCAGCUCUCCAGAAUCGUCGCCUCCCUCUGAGCUGUGGAAUUAUCCCAGUUAUUCCCUUCUGGCAUUGUCAGAUCAAAGACAACCAGUGCGUGUUUUCCCCGAUGACGAAGCUCAUGUUGUCACCGAGACCAUAUCCGAAUCCAGAGAUUGGAAUAUAACCGCGUUGGGGAAAUCUAACUCUGUUUGGGAAUGACUUGGCACUUUCCUCUGUGCGCAGACGCACGACCGUGGGUGUCAGGUGACCGGAAAACCUGAUGUCGUCACUGUGACGUUUAGGUGUGGGACAACUCUUCGUCAUUCCGCCAUUAGGCUCAUCCAAAGAUUCAUAGAACGCAAGCCAUUGCACUUCGUUUGUAAUUUCACAAAAGCGGUUUGUUGGUCUGUGUAUACCCAGGAGGAGCGGUUUCCGGCGAUUUGUCUGGAUAAAAAAAACAUUGCACUAAAACGUCGUCAGAUGUUGUGUUCUUCAUCAAAACUUCAACUGCAUUUUAUGCAAGAGUUAACUGCCAGAAGAAAAAAACAGCACAAGGACUUUUGACCAUCACACUACUCCAUGCAUGCCUCAUGUAAAUUAGUCGCUGUGUUUGUCACUGAAAAUAUCGAGACAAUUGGGUGGCGAACAAGUCCAUGCCACGGAUGAGGGUGUAUUGCAUGAUGGAGCUUGUAAUGUGGAAGCUUUUGUGAAAAGCAUUUGAAGACUAUCCUUUCAUUUGGCAUGACUAUACGAUUCAUUAAGAUGUAUAUCUACACUGUACCCCCAUCUUGUGUAUUGAAAUCUUCGUGUUAUUUUCGACAGGUAUUUCUGUCUGUAAUGCAACUGUGAUGAUUUCCUUUUCAUAUGCCAAAGGCCGAAAUUAACUACUUUGACUCUCACUCGUUUCACUCUCGCUUGGUGCAGUGUAUCGAAAAGUGCUUAGAACUGAUUAGAAUAUACAAUUGUGGAGAAGAUUUAGGUGACCAUAAUAAGUGUUUGGCUUCAGUCAACUGCUGAGCAUUCAGGGAACACUACACAUCGAUAUUGCUUCAGUGUGUCGCAUUAUGUAAGAUGAUUGCAGUGGUUUGGAAAGAAGGAACAUUCGAUAAAGGAGCAAGGACUUGACAUCGUGGACAGAUCUCGCCAAGAUAUAUGGCUGAAAUAUUGCAUGGCUACGUGGCGUUAAGCCAUACUCAUUCACUCAUUAACUCAUUCAUGGACUGCGUGCUAACAAGUUGGGACACAGGCUUAUGGUUUGAUCUAAGACAAACGUUUCAAAAUUGCCGUGAAUGGUGAGAUUGCUCUUAAAGGUAAACGCUGGCUUAAUCACCUUGAAGGAAAAGACCUCUUAAAAAUCGAAGUAAGCAUCACUAAAUAGAUAAGUUAAAACUGUACAUAAAUAUAUUUUCAACUAUUUUGUUUUAGUUUUUUGUGUUAACAAAACUCGCAAACUUUUGAAUUCUGAGGUGGGCUUUAUAUGCUUAUCCUCUGACGUCACAUGAAGGUUUUUCAACUCUGAUCUCGACACUGGAUGUCGAAAUAACUCUUUUUACCCAUGGGUGAAAGAUUACUGAAAUAAUGUUUCCCAAAAUUCCUUCCUUCAGGUGAACAUCAGGAAAAAAACGGUGAUUUGACGUCAUAGUUCCUAGAUACCGCCAGCAUGGCUCAUUUAGCCCUGCAUAUUUUUCAAAUAUUUGAAUGAAUUUCAAUACCCUUAAAAAAUGUCUGAAAAAAUAAAUGAAAAUAUUUCACGCAUAGUUUUUAGUUGUCUAUAUGAUUAACCCUACUUCAUAUAUUAGCUUUAUUUUAUUUUAAUCAUUGCAGCCCGUCGGCCCCUGAACAGUGAGGUCGCAACUCAAAACCGAGCUUUCUAUGUUUUAGUUAUGGCUAAUGUAAACUCAUGUAAACUGAUAGCCAAACAUCAGAUGGUCAACCCAUGACAUCUAAUUUUUGAAAGUGUUCAAUCUUCCCUAUAAAACUAUUUCAACUGAACAAUGACGAGCUUUAAAAGACUUCAAGUAUACACACUAUCCGAUGAAUGUGAUAACAUAUUGAUGUAUGGUUAGCUUUUAACUCCUAUUUUUAUCAUAUGUAUAAAUUUGCAUUAUUGCGCAAACUUGUGAGAAAUCCCGUAUCAUACACCGCUGGCUUUAUUGCACUUACUGUAAGUAUUGCUUUUGUCGUAGUAAUUUUCAAUUUUAUCACCUAUUAUAAAAUAAACAUUUAUUCCAAAGAUUCAACAAAAUCUGGCAUGAUAUUUGAUGCUGUUUCACAAACUUUAAACCAUAAUCAGAUGGUAUGUAUGUGAAUGAGCCACAACGGCUCAAUAAACUAUUUUCUGUACGGUCUAAAUAGCAUAGCUCAUUUUUUUUCGGAACUGAUUGCGUAUAGACGUGCCAUAAUAAGCUGCAUGCCCGUCUCCAGAACUGUGAAGCACGUCACAUGCAGUAAAAGCUAAAUUAAGUAAGCGCCGCGAGCUUUACACUGUAUGGUAUUAUUUCGAUUAUAAUUUCAUAAAAUGAUAUUACCAAAAUCGUUUAACUGUAAUAAUCCAUAUAAUACCAUGUAGUGUGUGUGUAGCAUGAUCUCGGCGCUUACUUCAUUUAGCUUUUACUGUAUGUGACGUACUUCACAGUUCUGGUGACGGGCAUGCAGCUAGCUUUAGAAUCAUUAGAAUACCGAUAUGUAUACUGCUGAUAUGUAUACUAUAUGACCUUUAUACAUUUCUUCCUUAGUGCUAAAAACCAUGAUAGGUCUGUACAUACAAAUCAGGAAUACUUAGAGAUUAUGUUCAAAGAUCGUACACCAUGUGGAAAACGAUAUCAUUGAGAGUAUGCAGAUCCGUACACAUGAAAAGUUGUAACUCCACUGGUAUAAUUAAGUGUAGUGUAUUAUGAAAUGUACAGAUCAGUGUAAGUAUAAAUAUUGUGUAAAAAUUAUGACCAAAGUGUACACAUAUGUAGAUACUUUUAUUGUUUUUAUCAUUGUUUUUUACCGGUGACGUAUUAUAUGUUUCUUUACUGUUAUUAUGUUAAA